AUGGCCAAUCCAAUGGAUCUCAGGUCUCUAGGACAUUCUCUGAAUCCCUCUGCCGCUAGAGCAAACAACCAUAAGAUCAUUAUCGGAAUUGAUUAUGGUACAACAUUCUCAGGCGUCAGUUACGUUACUUCAGACAGGGCUGGCAUCGAGGAUAUCACUAUUAUGUCUCCAUGGCCUGGAGAUCCCCAUGUGUCUUGGAAAACUCCGACAAGAAUUGCUUACAGCCAAGAGAAUCCGAAACUUAAGAACAACAAGUGGGGAUUCGAGGUCAACCCAAAGAUGAUAUCAUACUCCUGGACUAAACUUCUGCUUGACAAGAAUGCUGCUGCGAAGGAGCAUGAUGACCCAUCGCUCACAGGUAUGGAGGGUUCUGGUAUGCUCCCAUUACCUCCAUUCCGUGAUGCCGCAGGUGUCUGCGAGGAUUUUUUGCGCGAGGUAUAUACACAUGUAUCAAAGAAAUUGCGGCAACAAAUGACUGAUCUGACUUUUGAAAACACUCCAAUGGAAUGUUGGGUAACAUUACCUGCAGUGUGGUCAGAAGAAGCGAAAGAUGCUACCCUAAACGCUGCCAAGAAUGCCGGGUUUGGGAACAGACCAGGAGACGAGAUUUACACAAUUGCCGAGCCUGAAGCUGCAGCCAUCGCAACUUUGAAGGAAUUUUCAAGAUCGGACGUAAUGAAUCAGAUCACACCCGAUGAGAAUAUUCUAAUCUGCGACUGUGGAGGCGGCACUGUCGACAUCACAACGUACAAAAUCAUCCAGGUGCAGCCAUACCUGUCAUUUGACGAACUAUGUGUUGGAAUUGGUGGAAAGUGUGGAUCAACACACAUUGAUCGGAAUCUUCAAAUAAUGCUCUCUCAACGCUUCGGCGCGGCGUUUGAUGAUCUACCAUUUGGUCAAAAGGGACCAGGUAGCAGAUUUAUGGCCGCAUUCGAAGCAUUGAAACGAGACUUUGGGCGUAACGAUGACAGAGAAAUUGGAGAGCUGGGCCCUCUCAAUCUUGAUGUUGUAGACUCUGCAUAUUUUGAUGAAGAGGACCGGGUUGUAUUACUCUCACAUCGGGAUAUGCAAGCUCUUUUCGAUCCCGUCAUUACAGAAAUUACAAGGCUGGUAAAACAGCAAGUGAACGCAGCAAAGGACACUCAAGAUGCGAAAAUUAAUCGCAUUAUUCUCGUUGGGGGGUUUGGGGAAUCACCAUACCUAAACAAGAAGUUGAAGGCAUGGUGCAAGCGAAACGGAAACAUAAAUUUGAUGUGUCCUUUACACCCACAGUCUGCUGUUGUACGUGGCGCUGCCUUACGCGGGUUAGAAGGAAUCGCGCCUCGGGUUAAGCAAGCCCGUCGUCAUUAUGGUGUUUGUUUGGACAAGACUUUCCGCGAAGGUAUAGACCCAGAGGAGGAUUCUUACAUUGACUCAUGGGGAGAUACGAAAAGAUGUCGUGGACGAAUGGAAUGGUUGAUUCUCAAGGGGGACAAAAUAACAAAGGAUACUUGUAGAUUUGUUGAUUGUGUCAUGGAAUAUACACAUGAGACAACAAUACUCGGAAGUACACUUUACGCUUGCGUUUCAGCAGAACCUCCCGAGUAUCUUUCUGACCCUGGAGUCGAGACAGUUGGAGAAAUUCAGUCAACUCUAGAUAGUAGCUUCGAUUUCGGUAAAAAUCUGAAAACGCAUUUUAAUGCUCAGCUCGGCCGCCAGGUGCAGCAAAUUGCGCUUCAACAGCAAAUCGUAUUUGGCAAUAAGGGCGAUAACCUCACGUUCAAAUGUCUUGUUGGCGGAAAGGAGAUGUGCAAGUCGACCAUGAAAUUCGAACGUUGA